AUGGAUUUUCCAAGACACUUCGAGCAAGUCUUUCUGCAGCUACACUACCAGAGGCUUCAUGGUCAACUUUGUGGUUGUGUAAUUGUGGUGGGAAACAGACAUUUCAAAGCCCAUUGCUCUGUUCUGGUAGCUUGUAGCACACACUUCCGAGCUCUCUUUACUGUAGCAGAGGGCGAUCAAACUAUGAACACGAUUCAGCUGGACAGGGAAGUGGUAACAGGAGAAGCUUUUGCUGCUCUGAUUGAUAUGAUGUACACUUCUACACUAAUGCUCGAGGAAAGCAAUGUAAUGGAUAUCUUGCUGGCUGCUUCUCAUCUACAUUUGAACUCUGUUGUUAAAGCAUGUAAACACUACCUUAUUACCAGGACACUACCAAUGUCACCACCUAGUGAUAGAGUUCAGGAGGAAAAUGCAUGCAUCCUAAGAUCUUUCAUGCUUCAGAAGCUUGGGCUGAGCAUUGUGAACUCUGCGUCAAAUUCCACUCAGAGCACAGAGGGACAACUAAAUACCUUGAGCUCAUCAAUGAUACGUAACAUAGAGCAAUGUACUGCAUUUCCUAUCAGGCGUCUCCACAAGCGUAAACAGUCUUUUGAUGAUCAGGCCAGACAGCGAUUCAGACCUAAUGUAGAUGAGUCCAUUUCAGAUGUUACUCCAGAGAGUGAGCAGUCAGUAGUUCAUUCCCAAGAAGAUUUUUUUUCACCAGACUCACUGAAGAAUGUGGACAAUUCUAAGGCUGAUGUUGUUACUGAUAAACAAGUGGAUAAUACUAUUAUGUUUGAUCAGUCUUUUGGUGCUCAAGAAGAUGCUCAGGCACCCAGCCAGUCAGACAACAAUGGAGGAAACAUUGCACAGAUAUCCAUCUCAUCUCAGGUAAUACAUCUGGAAACCAGUUUUGAUCAGGAGGCUACUUUUGAAAAGAAUACAGACAUCAGUCUAAAUGAAAAAGAACACACAGUGGUGGUGGUGAAAUCUGAGCCUUUGAGUUCCCCAGAGUCUCAAGAUGAAGUGAGUGAUGUCACUUCUCGCAGUGAGUCUGUUGAAGUGGGAGUGGUGAGCACAGAGAAGAUAGAACCGAGUCUCGAAAGCAGUGACCGUAGCUUUUCCAACCCACAGUCUAGUACUGAUAGGGUGGGAGACAUCCAUGUUAUGGAAGUGUCAAAUAACCCGAAACACAAGUCCACUUUCAGUAUCUCAAAUUUUCUGAAUAAAAGCAGAGGCGGUAACUUUGGUGCAAGUCAAAAUAGCAAUAAUAACAUUCUGAAUACAAGGCACUGCAGAAUGGAUUGUGAUGCCUCUUACCUAUUGAGUCCAGAGUCUGUGCCCCCUAGUAGUAAUUCCUCUGUUACAGUUUGUCAUGUAGAAAAUACAUUUGAGUCUGCAGACUCCCAUUUUGUUAGACCAAUGCAGGAUGCAAUGGUUCUUCCAUGUGUACAGACUUCCGGGUACAGGGUUGCAGAACAAUUUCAUAUGGAUUUUCAAAGGUCAGGCUUGGGCCUACACUCUUCCUCAAGGACAGUGAUAGAAUCUAUAAGAGGUGGAGUUGGUAGCUUUCCUGACUAUCAUCGCAUAACCCCCAAAAUGCCUGUUAUGACCUCUGUCAGGAGCUCCCAGCUACAGGAUAACACUUCUGGUUCCCAGAAGUGGUCACAGUGA